ACAACAUAAGUCUUUUUGAGGUUGUCUUUUAUAUUGAAACACUUGAACAUGACUGCACUCCAGGUCCUGGUCGUGCUCCACCUGACUGCUGCGGCAGCUGACGCUCAGACUUUCCAAGGGGGCAAUUGCCCCCAGCCAUCUGUUCAAGAGGACUUCAAUGUUACAAAGUAUAUGGGCACCUGGUAUGAAAUAGAGAAGCUCCCAGCUGUGUUUGAGAGAGGAAAAUGUAACCAAGCUACAUACAGUCCUCUCACUGAUGGGACGGUCAGCGUUCACAAUUCAGAACUGCUGUCCAAUGGGAAGAUCACUUCAAUUGAGGGUGUUGCCAAAGUUCAAAACUCAACUCAACCUGCAAUUCUGGGUGUCAGCUUCUUUAAAGGUGUUCCAGAUGCUCCCUACUGGGUACUCUCCACAGACUACCAGUCAUAUGCUCUGGUGUACUCUUGUUCUGACUACCUCGGUUUUUUCCACAUUGACUUCGCCUGGAUCCUGGCUCGCACUCGUGUGCUGACUGAGGAUGUCAUCGGCAAGUUACAUGAAAGGCUGGCUUCCGCUGGUGUAAACACAAACUGCCUUACAGUCACCGAUCAGACUGGAUGUGAUGUCAUGACCUGAGGCAUGAUCAGAAAAAUGUAAAAGGAGAACAAAAGCUAAAUACCUGUUUUGAACUGUUUUCCACUACUUAUUAGGGGCAUUUUGUUUUCAGUUUGUAAUGAAGAUGCAAUUUCUGCCUUUUAGGUCAUUCUGCUGUUUAUGCUCAUGCAUACAACAUAUUGGACUACAUACAAGUUGUAUAGCUCAUUGUGAAAUAAUCGUGCUCUUACAGUUUGUGUGGGUUCCAGCUUUAAGAUGUCUGGUUAUCAUGACAAAUGUGAAUAUUUAAUAUAGGCUAACAAACAUAACAAUUUAAUUAAAUUAAUCUUUGGGAAAAGGUUUCAAUUAUAAUUUAUUAUUAUUAUGAAUGUAUUUAGUAUUUCCAGAAUGUAUGUGUUGUAGGGCUUUUUCCUCUGUUGUUACACUUUAAAACAUAUUUAUUGCCCAGCUAAAUUUUCAAGAGGUUCAGGAAAAUACUUGACUUCAAAAUAAAAGCGUAACAGCUUAAAAGUUAAAUCGGCAAACGAUGUAUGUAUUAUAUAAUCUGUAUCAUUAAAAUUCAACUUUAAAGAUUU